AUGUCUGGAAUGAAGAGGCCCAGGAGUAGUGAAUGUGUGUUACCUUACUACACAGCCCACAGCUACCGUUCAAUGGGUGUGUUCAAUACCUCCAUGGGGGAACUGCAACGACAACUGUACAAGGGAGGAGAGUAUGACAUUUUCAAGUAUGCACCCAUGUUUGAGAGUGAUUUUAUCCAGAUUAGCAAAAAAGGAGAGGUGAUCGAUGUUCACAAUCGUGUUCGUAUGGUGACUGUGGGCAUCGCCUCCACCAGCCCCAUCCUCCCACUACCUGAUGUCAUGCUCCUGGCCCGACCUGCUAAAGUCUGUGAAGAGCAUGCCAGACGUGGCCGGCCUAUUAAGGGGAGAGGUCGGAAGUCCGCGAAGACUCUGGAGCUCACCAGGCUACUUCCCUUGAAGUUUGUCAAGAUCUCUAUCCACGAUCGCGAGAAACAACAACUGCGCCUGAAGCUUGCCACAGGCCGGACUUUUUAUUUGCAGCUGUGUCCCUCUUCAGAUGUACGAGAAGACCUCUUCUGCUAUUGGGAAAAGCUUGUCUAUCUUCUGAGGCCACCGGCAGAGAGCUGCAGCAGUACCCCGACAAUUCAGACUGGGGAUGGAAAUACUGAGGAUGACAAAAGCCUAGCCUCAGAGAUCCGUGGAGAAGGGGAUCAGGAUUCUGGGCUUCUAAAACUUCAUGAUCUGUCUGGAGCCACCUCUUCUGCUUAUGCUGGAGGAGAGGGAGUCCAAGGUGCUCUUGCAGCUUCUAUCAGCACUUUGGGAUCUGCCCAAGAAGGAGCAGCAGCAGGGACAACAGGUGGCUUGGCUGUUGCCGGGGCAGCAACAUCAGGGGCAGCAACAUCAGGGGCAGCAACAUCAGGGGCAGCAACAUCAGGGGCAGCAACAUCAGGGGCAGCAAACAGAUCGACCUCAGGUGCUUUAAGUGUCGCAACUACCAUGCCUGGGAGCUCCAGCCCAAUAACCGCGGCCCUGGCAGGAACAGCCACCAAGGAUUCAGGAGAAGGUGGGCCUAGCAAGGCCAUAGCUGUUGCUGCCAGUGUCUCUUCAGAAGAAGUGAAUGUAGCCUUGGCGGGUGCUGCAAGCACUUCCACUGCGCACACCUCCUCGGCUGGAGCCAUCAGCAUCUCCCCAGGCAGCAGCAUGAGUGUGGUGUUUGCAGGUACUGUAACAACUAGUGCAACUAAGGUAGAAAAAGGUGAAGGAGCAGCGGCAGCGCCCCUAGUAUCAACCUUGCAGAGCGAAGGCUACAUGUGUGAACGGGAUGGAAGCCAGAAGGUUUCCAAGACCAAUACGGAAGGCCGGAAGGAGAAAAAGGAAAGAAGGGACAAGAAAGACAAACAUGCCAGUAGGAAAAGUUCCCGUCACCGCAAAACAGGUGAAAGCCAUCACAGGACAAGCAGGGAAAAGAGCCGGAAAUCAUCCUCCCACCGAUCUGUAUCUGACCACCACGGAAAAACAAAGGAUGACAGGAAAGAAAAAGGGCACAGGAGGGGACGCAGCUCAUCGCACAAAAGUGCCAGCCACAGUUCCUCCACCAAGGAGUCCAGGAAAACUCACAAAGUGGGGAAGAGCCGAUCUGCAACUAGUUCAAUUAAUUUAAGUAAGAAAUCCAGUAAAAUUGGCUCUUUUUUGAGGAGCUUCAUGGCUAUGCCCAGUUCAAAAACAGUCGUUGCAGCACGUGAUAGAGAGGUAGACAUCGUGAGCAAGACGGUAGAAAAGCACAACAUAGAGAGGAAGGUGGAGAGAGCCCAGGACGGCAAGGAUCUAGAGAUCACUGGUACUGUGACAUCUGAGACGAUGGAAAGGAUCAUCUUUGAAGCCAAAUCCGUUUAAAUAGAACCUAGAGCAGAAAGCUGCAAGAUCAAGGGCUCAGAAGCAUCCCCAGUGAGCA